AUGGCGUCAGCUAAGUUUCUGGAGGAAGCUCUCAGCACGGACGUCGAUGAAUCCGCGGUAAACGCGAUCGUGGGCUCGCUCGAGACGCAGUUGGUAACGUCGUCGCCGGCAGUCGCGGGUCACUCUUUAGUAACUUCAGCCACGGGUCACCAGAACCAUCACCACCAGUUAACCACGGGUAUUUCGAACGGGGGCAGCAUCCCCAGCGCGGUACAGAAACAUGGGGUUGCCAACGGCGGCGGUACCACCACCGUAAACAACUCACUGAUGACUCAGGAAGUCACCAAGUCCAUUACUACGACCACCUUGCUGCCAGUUAACGUCGUCAGCUCUUCCCAGGUCGUAGUUUCUACUCAACAUCAGCAGCAACAUCAUCAACAACACCAACAACACCAACAACACCAACAUCAAGUGCAGCAACAUCAACAACACCAACAGCACCAACAACAGCACGUCCAUACUGUAAGCACCAGCGGGGGGAACAUCAGCAGUGCCGGUAGUGCGUUCCCGAUCAACCAGGUCCAGGUGACGAGCAACCAGCAACAGCCGAGCAACAUCGCCCUGACCAAGGCCCACGAGUCCGUAAAGUUGAUCUACAACCCGGCAGUAGCUGGGCAAGUGGUUACCUCUGGUGUUGUUAAUGUUAAUAAUAAACUGACUUUCCCCGCGCAAACUGUCGGGCAGCUAGCCAACGGGACUCUCGGGGUUUCCUCGCAGGGAACUGUGCUUCAGAGUGCCUCCAAUGUCGUCGUCAGCAAUGUCGGCUCGGUAGUGACUCAAAGUGGACAGCAAACUGUUGUUGGUGGGGUUAAUAAACCCGGGCCCGGUACUGCGCUUGUUAUUAAGACUAGUGGUGCACCUGGGGGCAUGGUUUCUGUUCCGAUGUCCGUUCCGGCUUCUGUCGCUGGUAAUGUCGUCACCACGACGUUACAGGCCAAAGCUGGAGGAGUCGCCUCGUCCAUUGUGCCUAGCAAUGUCCAGUUUGUUAAUGUUAAUGCGGUGAGACCCGGAACUCCCGUGGCUGGUCAGCAACCUGGGAAACAAGUCGCUGCCUCUAGGGUUGUUAUUGGGCCGCAUAUUGUCAAUACUAGACCUGGAGGUCCAGGGAUUACACUGCAAACUCUUCAUGGAUUGCAACCCGGUACCCAGGGACACCUGAUUGUCAAAACAGAAAAUGGACAGUAUCAAUUGUUGAGGGUAGGCCCGGUCUCAGCAACUCCUGGCGGGAAUGCUGUCCCUCCUAAUAACAUUGCGGGGAACGCAGUGGUUGCCUCGACUCCUGGAGCAACUGCUUAUCGUCUGACCUCUGUACCGGCUGUAAGUAGGCUGAACGCUCAGUUCACUGGGCCACCACUCGCCACCAUUCGAAAACCCGUUCAGACGGUAGCUCCGAGCGUAACCACGACGACAGUUACACCAGGAACAGUAGUGAGUUCUACUACGACGGCAACACCCGCAACAACGCCAGCCACGACAACUCCAGUAGCGCAAACACCUCAACAGCGCCAAACCGCAGAUAAUACCAAAGAAAAGUGUCGUAAAUUUUUAGCAAACUUGUUAGAAUUAUCUAGUCGGGAACCUAAAGCAGUGGAACGUAAUGUACGGUCGUUAAUACAAGAGUUAAUUGAUACUAAAGUUGAACCUGAAGAGUUUUGUGAUAGACUCGAGAAAUUAUUAAACGCAUCUCCUCAGCCAUGUUUAAUUGGUUUUCUCAAAAAGAGUUUGCCGCUUUUAAGGCAAUCACUUGUUACCAAGGAAUUGGUCAUCGAUGGUAUCAAACCACCACCUCCAAAUGUUGUUUAUUCGAUAGCAUCAUCUCCAAUCAUUACACAAAAUCAAAUAAGGCCAACAGUUGCAAUGUCGACGGUACCAGUAGUAGUGUCCAGUUCACCAGCUCCAUUAAGAGUUAUGGCACCUCCCUCUGUAGUAACAUCAACAGUUGGUCCUCGAGCGCCUCAAGCGAUUCCAUCUAGACUGAUACGACCGAUGACGACAAUAGUUCGCACUCCAGUGGCACAUACUGUGAAAUCAACCGUAGCGCUUACGAAUGUGAGACUGGCUUCGCCAACUGUACAGAAAUCCCCGAUAACUACCAGCACACUUAUUAAAACGAUACCCACUGCUACGCAGGGUAAGACAGUUAACGCCGCCACUACUGUUAAUAAAACCACAGUGCCUUCUCUUGUUACUAAACCACCGAAUAAAGAAAAAGAAAAAAAGACUUUUUCAUCAGCAGGCUACACGGGUGAUGAUGACAUCAACGAUGUCGCGGCGAUGGGAGGUGUAAAUCUCGCUGAAGAGUCUCAGAGAAUUCUUGGAUCAACAGAAUUUGUCGGUACGCAAAUACGGUCUUGUAAGGAUGAAGUUUUCUUACAUGUCUCGCCACUUCAGCAGAGGAUUAAACAAAUUGUUUCGAGUUACGGGCUUGAAGAACCGAAUCAAGAAGUCGCAGCAUUAAUAUCUCAUGCGACUCAAGAAAGAGUAGAACGUAGAAGACACGAAGAACAGGAACGUGAGUUGCUGUUGAAGGCCGCGAAAAGUCGCGCGAAAAACGAGGAUCCUGAGCAAGCUAAAUUAAAAGCUAAAGCCAAGGAGAUGCAAAGAGCUGAGAUGGAAGAGUUACGGCAACGUGAAGCGAAUCUUACAGCAUUGCAGGCGAUAGGUCCGCGGAAAAAGCCGAAAUUAGACACUGGUAGUUCGACAAAUAACCCUGGAGGGAGUGCGAGUGUAAAUGCCUCCGCGUCAGGAGUUAACAGACCAAUGCCAAUGAGGCCGCGAGUGAAGAGAGUUAACUUUAGGGACCUUUUGUUCCUCCUCGAGCAGGAGAAGGAGUCGUGUAGAAGCACAACGCUCUAUAAAGCAUACUUGAAGUGA